CGCUCAAGAGCAUUUCCAGGAUAUUUCAGUUCACUGCUCAGUCGUGUGCAAGAACUAUGGACAGCAAGGGGAUUUUGUCUCUCACCCUUCUCCUCCUCUUGUCACAGAGUCCUGCCUCCCUCUCUUUGACAGUGAGCACCAGUGAGGCCAAAAUGGAGGUCCAUGAGAACACAGACGCUGUGCUGUCCUGUCAGUUCAAGACAGAGAAGGAGACUAACCCUCGUAUUGAGUGGAAGAAGAAAGGGAAGGACACUCACUUUGUUUAUUUCAAUGGAAAAUUCACCGGAUCCUUUGCAGGUCGGGCCAAGAUCGAGGGCGCAACGGUGACGCUGCAUGCCGUUACCCAGAAGGACUCUGGGUUGUACCGCUGUGAGGUCAGCGCACCAGCAGACCACACAAACCUAGGAGAGGUCAAUGUCACCCUCAACGUACUGGUGCCCCCCCACACCCCGUUCUGUGAGGUGCCCAGCUCAGUGCUGUCUGGGGCAGGUGUAGAGCUCCACUGUAAGGACAAACUAAGUGUGCCCCCUUCAACCUUCAUCUGGUACAAAGACAACAAGGCCCUGAGCGCCACACACACCCCUGACAUCGUCUAUAGCAUGGACACUGACACGGGAACACUGAAGAUUAGGAGUGUGUCCAAGGCCGACUCAGGCCAAUACCGCUGGAAGUCUCUAAGGUGGGGGUGUCCAAAAGCUCUGUGGCCCAUCACAUGA